AUGAUAAAACCGGCUGUGGAGGAUGACUUGAAAGAUGAGCGGCGUUCAUACGCCAAAGAAAAGGUUCUGAUGUACAGCAGCAACGUGUUGAUUGGCAACUGGUAUAACAAUCGCUUCCAAGGCCCGACACAUAAUGGUAGUACAAUAUUGCCAGGACUGAUGACCGAGAAAGGGUGCGAGCAGCACCAGACUUGCAGCCAAGCUACGUACAAGCCCUUCGACUACAACCAAUCUGUGCACGAUCACUUGGUGGUCAGGAACCGGAUGUAUGGAAACAAGGUCGCGCAGAGCGCUGGUCUUAAGUUAUCCGAGGAGGAGCAGUACAUCAACAACUACACCACCAUGAACACCCUCAUGUUCCACUUGUUCCCCAAAAUGCGCCUGGAGGAGUGCUUGAAGAUGGAGGAGGCCGGUCAGACGCACUUUACGCCAAUGAGGCCCGAUGGUCUCGACAGCUACGGCAACUUCAGCCUAGUCCGCAACAAGUUGCGCUGUAAGUUGGCCAACGAGCGUCCUCCUAGAGGGCUAACAAGCUACAGAGGCGAAUUCGAUGCUAAAACCAGGAGCAAGACCGAAAAUGUGGAGGUCGGCGAGUGGACAGUUGCGGAUGAAGCUACCAGGAAGAGGGAGCGUGACCGAUUUGUCUUUCUCAAUUGCAGCAUUCACGACGACUUGAAAGACUUCAAUGGAAAGUAG